AUGGAUUUGAAAAAACAAGUCCUCGAUGUUUACAAACUUUUCAUCGAAGAUGGCGAAACUUUCCUUCGUGCUAGAAAUCUCGGUAAAGCGCUGAGAUCUGCUGGCAAAAAUCCGACGGACAUGGAAAUUCACGAAAUGGUCAAUUUUGCGAACUUUCACUACGAUGGUUUCAUCAAUCCAGAGCGAUUUUUGGACAUUUUCUUGGCCUUCCAAGUGUUCGGCAGUGCCAACAAAGCAGAUGCCAACAUCGUUGAAGAAAUAUUGAGAGAAUCGAAAAUUGACGAAACUCAGUAA